AACUGUAGAAGUGAUGCUUAGAUUGUGACUUUCGUCUUCCAUAGUUGCAGAGACACCUGCGUGUAGUAUCGUAGCCGUUCCGACGACAGUUGAUACAGUAUGGCUGGACUAGACAAGUUGCCCAGAUCAUUGGACGCAUGGCGUGUUCCCGACAAGCUACAGGACGAGGACGCACACUGGAAUCAACUCAGCGAAACGGGUUUGCGUGCCCUAGGCUACUGCCUAUGGACCAAGGCGGACUGGGGCUGGCUUCAGCAGUCAACGGACGGUGCUACGGUGUCCCCCAACGGAUACUUAUUCGUCACGCCCAUGCGCGGCAAAGAAGGUCCUGUAGGUACAAUUGAUGCUUUGAGAGAAGUGUUGCUAUUUAACGGUCUCAGCCGAGCCGCACGCUCCCCGGAGGGGUUCGAUGUAAUGCUGCGUGUCAUGGCCAUCGGGGACGAUGGGCGUGAGCAGCUUCGCAUUUGGCGUGGCUUAGCUACUGCCCCGAGCGUCCUUCUCGCCGACAAUCAUACACUUCCUCUCCUGCGAGAGAUAGACAUAAGAAGAUUUACUCUUGGAGUCUUCCCUCUCGUCUCCCAGAAUCUUGAACAGGUCUAUUCAUCCUGGGCCCAAAGCUCCGUUGGCGAUAUAUUGGAUAUGGUUUUACAAGCUCUUGAGGGUCUGGCUUAUAUCCACAGCCAGGGAGUUGCGCAUAGAGACGCUUUCAAGAACAAUUUCUUGGUACAGUUUUUCCCAGAAUCCCUGAAGGAUGGCGUGGUAUCGAUAUCCAAGCCGCGAGUAUAUCUCAUCGACUUUGAGGUCGCAGUCCACUUUACCGACGACUGCCCGGCAAGCGAGCGUGUUUGCACAGGCAUCCCGUGCACUGGCUCGUUGUCAAACGUCUCGGAGUACGCGCGUCCGGGCAUCCCAGAAAUGCUGACGGGCGAGCCGUACGACCCGUUCAAGCUCGAUGUUUGGCAGCUAGCUUCGUCCUUCGGUGAAUUUGACUCCACUUUUGAGCCUGUCGAGACCUUGCUCGAUAGUAUGGCCAGCGACGACCCUGCGGGACGCCUGACGGCGGAUGAAGCAAUGGGUCGUUUGCGCGCAUUCGUCGAGAGCGUUCCUCCUAAGGCCCUCCUGAUACCUCCGGUCAUUCACAAGUUCAAAUAGGAUUUUGUUCGCGCCUUUUUGAGGAAGGG